AUGGUCUUCUUCUCUGAGCUGGCCACUGGUGGGCGUAACAUUAGUCGCCCACUUAAGAGGUUCAAAGACGGCCUGACGGCAUCCCCUGGUCUGUGCGGCAUUCGCGCUUCUGAAUGGGAAACCCUCGCCACAGACCGCAGCGCCUGGAAAACAGCCAUUGACAAGUGUGUUCAAGGCUUUGAAGACAAGCAGCUUUUCGGCCUGGACCAGAAGCGACAAGCCCGCAGGGAAAGGAGACCUGACCCUUACUGUUGUCGUAUGCCCUCAGUGAGGUUGCAUCUGUGCGUUGAACUUUGUACUGCGUUUUCACCUUCGAAGUAA